UACAAGAAUGACACUUGACAUGGGGUCUUGUUUAGAACUUCUGCUUUCAAAGGAAACAGAGGUUUUACAACAUGUUCUCUUUGAAGGGAUGUGCACAACAAUUUGUGACUACAUGCCAUUUUCCUUGCCUUCACUUUCUGCAGCGCUGAUUCCUUCUGCUAAAGAUGACUCAGAAAUGGGCACUUUUGGCUGUUCUCCUUCUCUUGCCAAUGAAUCUGGUUGAAUCUUAUGCAGCUCACAGCAGGAUUACUGUAGAGGUUGGUCACGAAGCUGUGCUGAGUUGCCCCAACCUCUCCAAGGUGUCUUUGCUGCUGAUGACAUGGAAGAAGAAUUGCAGCAGCUGCUGCUUGUUGUCCUAUAGAAGUGAUCAGAAAAUGAUACAGAAGGUGAAUUGCAGUGAGAGGAUCAUGUGGAAAUACAGUGACCCUGCACUUCAYAUUUACCCGGUGGACCUCGAGGAUGAGGGAAAUUAUACCUGUGAAAUUGCCAACAGUGAAGGGAAUUUUAAUUUUUUCUYUUCUCUGACUGUGAUAGUCCCUCCUACAGUGACUCUGAUCCCUGACCAGAGCAGGGUGGCAGUCUGUCAGGCAUCUGCAGCAAAGCCAGCUGCUGAYAUCUCCUGGAUCCCUGCAAGCAAUCAGAGCACUGAGGAAGAAUUCCAUCACCCCAAUGGAACUGUGACCAGAGUGAGCUACUUCGGCUGGGCCAACAGCACAUCUCCCUCUGUCACCUGCCUGGUCACCCACCCAGCGACAAACCACACUCUGCUCCUGGACCUGACAUACACUUCCCACAGGCUUCUUUACCUCCUGAUAGGAGCACCUGCAAUUGUUGUUGCAGUCGUUGGUGUGAUUUCAUGCUUGAUUUUCAGAUGCMGAGCUACUAAGAAGAAACUGAACUCUACCCCCGUAGAAACCAGGACACCAUUACAUAAACGGGCACGUGGCCCUGCAGGACCCUUUGCAACUAAAAACUCCACACCCUCACAUGUGAGAAGAGAAGCAGUCAAACCUCCUGUCUUUCAGGAGAAAAUCUAUGAGAAUUACUGCCCAAGAUCUGUAUAUGUGUUUUAAUAACUGUGUAGGCACAAGUAGCCUGCUCAACUGCUCAUGAUACACAGCUACUUGAACGUGAACUUGAGUCAUUAACCCUCAGACAUUGCCCACAAAACCCUUUGUAUUUCCUGACCUGACCAUGGUGGGGCACAAAAGUCUCAGUAAGUUGUUUCUCUCUUUCUCUAAACAUCAGUACAUCUCUCAAAAAAMCCUGGAACUUUUAAAGAUUGAAUUAGGUAAAUUCCUACUUUAAUUUUGUUUGGAAGUGGACUCUGAAGUAURUGCUGCCUUUCAUCAAAACAAUAAUUGAUGUCUUUCUGUGCCCAAGUAACAGAAUGCUAGUGGAAAUAUAGCACUUUUCUUUCCAUUUUAGCAACUGGAUUCUCUUAGCAGUUUUGUGUUGGAAACCAGAGAAUGACAUGGGGGCCCCCAAAAUAUAGAAGGUCAAAGUAACAUCUCUAACAGAAAGACAGAAAUAAGAGAGUUUUAGGUUUUUUUGGUUGUUUUGUUAGGUUUUCUAGGUAGACUGCAUGUUAGGUUGCAUGUGGCAGAUGGUGAUCUGGUAUUUGUCAUAUUUUUAUUUUAAAAUUUUAAAUAUAUUUCUUUUCCAAUUAAUCUUUUUGAUUGCUUUGAUAAUUGAUGGAAAAUAAUUUGAUAUUAUACUGGAUAUGGAAAUGAAAAACAGUACUGGACAAUUUUUGGAAAUUAAUUUUAAAGUAAAUGUGCAAAUAUGCAAAUAUUUACCUAAAGUGUUUCUGUGGUUAUUUGGGUAAAUGUUUGUUGACCAGUUUCUCAGAAGCUGAGACCACAGCAUGGUUUUAUUGAGAACAGAAGCGUUAAGUUGUAUAAAAUGUUGAUGGUGUGCUUGUUUAAAAUAGAAAAAAGACAACCCUAACCACACCAUUCAUUUCUUCUCAUCCUCAUGYCCCCAGGCUGAAAAAAGCCCCACAGACUGGUUCUUAAUUUCAGUUUUUGUUGGUCAGAUCUGUCAAACUUUCCAAACACUACUGCAGCAGUAGCUACACUCAAAUGUGUGUUUUGAAGAGCCUUUUCCUACCUGUUGCUGCAGGGUCAUCUCUGCAUGAGAUCUCACAGUGCUGUUUAAUUGUACUUUAUCACUCCUAAAUAGUCAUGGAUGUCUGUUGACAUCACUCCAGCCUUUCAUUUUAGUCAGAAAGGCAUGAAGAAUGACUCUCUGCCUUAAAGAAAAGGGCCUGCACAAGGGAGGCAAGGGAAGCUUUCCUGUGGUGUUAAAUGUCAGUGAUGGGUCACUCUCUCACAGCUCUCUGCAGCUUCAUCAGGCCUUCUGUGGAGAGGAGAAGCACCUUUUCACAUGUAAAACCUCUGGGAGAAAAA